UAGGCGGACGGUGAGGAGGUCACGGCGUCGUGUCGUGAGAAGCGUCUUGGGCGGUUUUUGUAGCCAGACGCGAAUCUGUGCAUUUUCCCAGACAAAGCAGACAACCUCAAAGAAUAUUCCUAGUGUUUUAUGUUAAUAAGAACUAGAAAUGUGUCCACAGGGAGAAUAUCUUAUUUAGUUAAAUAGAAAUAAGUGUGUUCUGUAAUUAUAGAGUGAAAAUUAGUGUCCACUGGAAAAUCGGUUUUAUUUCUUUUUUGGAAAUAAGGAAGAGUAAUUAAUUAAGCUUCCAAUAUGUAGAAAGCAUCGAGACUGAUUAGAAAGAAAAAAUAGGCUUUCACUUGUGGAUGAGAAUGGUGAGUAAGCAGCAGCAGCAAAUCGUGAUGAAACAAAACAGACAAGAAGUUCACUGACUUAUAAAGAAAUAAAAUCAACAGCUGUUUUGUGCCAAGAGAAACAAAUGCCUCUAUUUAACCCAAUGAGAAGCUAACUUUUGUUAGGGAGGGCGAGAGAGGUGGAGGAGUACCAGUAGGAGGCGUAGCGGCGGAGGAGGAGGAGGAGGAGGAGGAGGAGGAGGAGCAAAAAAGAGAGAGAGAGCGUGGAGCGCUCCGAAGGAGGAAGGAAGAAGCCACUCGAGGAAGAGGAUGACUUCCUUCCUGGGGUGCUGCCUCAAGCGGGAUCGCCUGUCGGAGGUGGUCGAGGUGGUGGUGGUCAAGUGCCCUGACUCAUGUUGUUGCGGGUGCUGUUCGGCCUUCCGGCCCCGCUACAAGAGAUUGGUGGACAACAUCUUCCCGGCCAAUCCAGAGGAUGGCCUCGUCAAAUCCAACAUGGAUAAACUUAUGUGGUACGCCAUGAAUUCUCCGGGCAAGUUAGACCACAUAGGUGAUUAUUUGGCCCAUAGACUCUACAGAGACAUCAACAGAAAGAAAACAGGGUAUGUCAUAAUCUCCAUGGACGCCCUUGACCAGUUGCUGGUGUCCUGCCAUGCGAAUAAUCUCAAUCUUUUCGUGGAGUCUUUCCUCCAGAUGGUGCAAAAAUUACUAGAAUCAACAGAACCCACUUUGCAGCUCCGUGCCACUCAAUCGUUUGAGAAAUUUGCGAAUAUACGAGAAGAUACUCCAUCUUACCAUCGACGAUAUGACUUCCUAGUUAGCAAAUUUUCAUCAAUGUGCUACUCAAAUGACGAUGAUGUUAUUACUAGAAAGCAGUUACGAAUAGCUGGCAUCAAAGGCCUACAGGGAGUUGUACGUAAAACAGAUUGGGACAACCUUGGUGAAAACAUCUGGUUACCAACCCAUAUGGAAAAAAUAGUUCCAUCACUUUUAUAUAACAUGCAAGGAAAUGAACCAUAUGUCAAGGGUACAACUGAGGUGGGAGAUGCACCCGACAAUCACCAGAAUGAUGGAGAGAAGGAACCUCACGAACUUGCGGAGAUGUGUCUGAGAGAAUUAGUAUCACGUGCAACUUAUGGAAAGAUACACAAUAUAGUCAAACCAUUACUAAUACACUUGGAUCAGCAAAAUUUGUGGGUCAGCAACAGUUUUGCAGUACAAACAUUCAAGAUUCUAAUGUUUUCUAUACAGGCUCAGUACAGCAUUACUGUAAUUGAAUUGCUUAUGGCACAUCUUAAUGAGAGAAGUUCUGAGUCACCUCAAAUACGAACAGGCAUAGCGGAUGUGUUGUCAAAAGUCAUACCAAUUGCUGCUGGUGAAUGUAUAGGUCCAUCUGUGAUAGAAAUCAUCAACUCUCUCUUGGAGCAUAUCCGAUCAUCUGUUGUAGGUGUUCUUAAUGGGAAAGAAGGAUCUGCAGAAAAGGUUUAUCAAGAGACCCUAAUCCAUGCUCUUGGAGAAUAUGCAAAUCAUUUGCCCGACUACCAGAAGAUUGACUCCAUGGUGUUCAUUCUUAAUAAGGUCCCUGGUAGUGACAGAGUUGAUGAUGGUGAAUCACCACGCCCAGAGGCAGAAGUCAAGUUACAGCAUUUACUUUUGAAAUCUCUUUUGAAGGUGGGAACAAAAUACACAACAGCUCAAUAUUCUACCACAUUUGCCCAGUCAUUCUUGGUGAGAUUGAUGCGACUGUCAGUAUCAAGUAAUGCCGAUGUGCGGCUUAUUGUUCAGCAGAUCCUACACACUUUGAUUGAUCGUCAUCAGAAUACUGACAAACUAAUGAAACCAACGCUGGAAUUGACCAGACUUGGAUUGACCAUAGGAAAACCUGUAAGACAAGAUGUUAACUUCUGGAAGAAGUCUGGAAAUGAGCUGCUGUUGUCUAUUCAGGAGAACUGUGAGUUUGCUAACAAUAGACUCGCCAAUAUUGAAGCAAUAUAUGCAACACUUAUGCUCCUUGUGACAGAAAUACGUUGUGAUGAUGUCAUUGUGGACAUUCUUCGAGUUCUGUUCUACAUACAGAACACAGCUCAGAGUGGGAAGGUUAAUGCAGUGGCUUCCAUUCAACUCCACGCUAUGGUUGCUGCUGUCAUGGUUGUUAUUUCUCACAUGGUUCCAACGCUCAAGGACCAUGUUGGUGCUGUAAUAAAGAAAAGUUAUAAAGUAUGUCAUGCUUUUCAGCAACCUGACACCCUACAGAAUAAGUUGACAGAGAUCUUCAGCAGACUUCCACCCACCUGUCCCCCUGCCCAGCCUGCCGCUGGCAUGACUUGUGAUAGUGCAGCUGGGAUCACAUCUCCAUCUUCCAUUUACCAGCUGCCUUAUCCCGAUAUAUUCAUCUAUUAAUCUGUGAUUCUAAUAAAUUUAGGGUACUGAACAUAUUUAUUUAAAGUUCUGAAAUUUACCUGCAACAACACAGCUCCAGCACUAACACAGUGGAAUUUCAUACGUUAGCUACUACUCUUCAAUAGACACCUUUGUAUACAGUAUCCUCUCUUAAUACAAUGGCCUUUUCCCUUUAAACAAUCAUUUGUUAGUACUUGCUGGGAUACAUUGAAAGUCGUACAAAUUUUUUGAAGAAUCUAUUAAGGUGGUAUAUUAUCACGUGUACCAGUUGAUGAAGUACUUAAAAUUGAUUAGUAUGUACUGGUUAUACUAGAUGUUCUAACGUAGAAUGUUUACUAUAAAUAGUUUAUUGUUCUUAUAAUGUUGAUAUGUAACAUUUAAUACUGUUUUGUUGAAAAGCAUUUUAUAUUAUUGAUUAAGGAAACAUAAUUAUUUGUAUAAACCUUUAAAUGAUUUUGUUGUGUAUAUGCCCAGGAAGACUUACUACAUGAUGGCAUUCACUUGUAAUUGAAAAGUUUUUUUUUUACAUUAAUUAUAGAAACUAUGCAAGUCUAUUUCGCUCCUAAAAAUCUGCAGCAGAGGUGUUAGUUACCUCAUCAUUUUUCUUUAUAUAUAAAGCUCUAAGAGUUAUGAAACAUCAUAAAGUAAAAAAUAAUUAAAGUCAUGCAUCCUUAUUAAAUUUAUCAUAUAAUAUGCAAUAUGCAUGCCAUAAAGAACACUAGGAUUUCAUUUGAACAUUUGCAGUGAAUACGUAACCGGUGACAUGAUUUUUGUUUUGUGUGUACAGUACAGAUGAUGUUGUUUGUGUCUUUCUUGAAGUAUGUUUGUCUGUCCCUGUUUGUGAAAGUGCAUUAAUGUAAUAAUAUAUUUGUAACUCCAGUGUAAACCAGUAUAGCUAAGGGUAACCCAUAGCAUCAUCUGUAUGGUCAAGUAGAUUCCCAUUAGCAUCAGGUUGAUAUCAUGCCAGUAGGCUACUUGUUUUCCUAUUAUACAUUAUACAUGCAUGACGGUAAGGUAGAUCAUUAAGUUUGGAUCUUAAAAAGAAAAUUGCUAAUUUCUUUUGCCAUGUAGGCUACAAGAAUUUUUGAAAAGCUUUAAAUAAUAAUCUCAGGUGGUUGUACAUCAAUUAAUUAUUAAUGAAGUUGGAAAACUAUUAAGCCAAUCAACAUGUAUAAAUAUGUAAGAAUAUUCAUAAACUAAGAAAAGAUUACUGCAUGAAUUUGGUUGAUUCAUAUACACAAAUCUUACAAUUUUGCUCCAAAUACAGUGUUCUUCUUACAAACUUUCCUAGUUAGAAUGAUACUUUACAUAUUUUUAAAAAUCCAAUUAAGGAAUUAAGACAGCACAUUCGACAGUAAGCUUCACUGCAAGCAAAAAUACAAGAUAAAUUACUCUUACACUAAAUGCAAAGCUGGUUGGAACUAGACCAAAAGUUUCUUAACCUUUUUCAAAUUGAGGAAUAAUGCAACCACAGUCCAGAAAUUAUGUACAAAAUACAUAUCUGGUGGGGUUUUUUUCAGAUUAAUUGAAAAAAUGGACUUGCCUUGCCUAUAUCUUCUUAAAUAUCUAUCAUAGACACAACAUGGUUCUGUUAGAAUUACAAAUGUUCACAUGUUCAUGCUCUGUAUACCAGAUAGUUUAAAAGUGUUAGAUCCUUUAGCUAACCCAAGGAUUUUCAAAUGCAAGGCUGAAAAGUCCUGUGCCAGGUGUUCUAUAGUUACAAGAAUAUAUCAUUUAUCAUGAGAAUCAUACCGAAGUGUUUUCAUACAAGUACUAGUUUGUACUGUACGUACUAUUGUUAACGUAAAUUGGCUUUUUUAAUGGAGUCAAACCUAUCUCAUACCUAUAUACUGGUACAGCUGAGUUCUUAGAUUUUACAUUUGGUAAUUAUAGAAAAACAAUUGUCAGUUUACACCUUAGGUAAAAAAAAAAUAUUAGCAGAAGACAGAAGUAGGUUGUAGCUAAACCCAUUACUGUGUAGAGUAUGUUACCUUUCUAGACACAACAAUUGGGUGUACAGUAGUAACAAAGUGUUACAGAAUAAUGUAUAAAUGCAGAACACAGCACAGGGAAUCAUAAGAAAUUGAUAAUAUUCAUAAUUAUACUCUGUAUAUUUUUUGUUCUAUCCCAAUGAUGAGCACAUUUAGAUAUAUAUAUCAUAUAAAGUUUACAUAACAUUCUGGGCAUACAGAUAUUAUAUUAAUAUUUUGACAGCUGUCAUAUAUAUUCUACAAAUACAGAUCACAGAAUUUCACAUGAAGUCUUCAUAUGGAUGUCAUAAUGUUGACCAACUCAUUUUACUUGGCAGUCACCAAGGUAAUUUGAAAGGAGUACAAGCUGUAAAGGUUUAGAUCCAAAGUGAGCCUAAAAUGUAUGGGAAUUAAGUACCACUUCUAGACAACUCUGCUUUGUACUCAUUUUAGUAACUUGAUUUGUUUGAAUGAACAAUCAUUAUUCAUGCUAUACUAUAUAAAACAAGUUGUACUGAAAGCAUUUCCCAGUAAACUAAAUUCAAACAAAUUCUGUAUAUACUCAAACUUAAGUUAUGUGCUUGUGCCACUGCAACUGAAUUUUUUGUGGGUAACUUAAAACAUUUAAAGAUGAAAAUUCAGUAGGCACAGCAAUUUUUGAGAUAAUAAACUUGAGUUAUUCAACAUUAAUUCAACUCAAAGGUCAACAAAUUUGCAGCCUACCUUUAUGAAAAACUUGACAAAAUCAGAUGGACUGUAAGAACCAAGAGCAAGUGCCUUAAGAGGAAUACACAUCCCAUGUCUGAACGAGUCAACUUUUACAGUAGUGAGACACAUUCAAGAAAGUAGAAUCUAACCAAAGAAACAGCAAGCAGAAUGCACACACAAAGAAUAUAAAAUACUGGUAGCUUACUAGGAAGCUAAGGCAGCUAAGGUGUGAAAAACUAAGAUUACAACAUUUUCUCAUUUGCUAUAUAUUCUAUGAAGUUUUUCAUUAUCAAAGAAAUAUUUAGCCUUCUUAAUUUGAGCCCCAUAAAAACACCUUGCAGCUAAGUAGCAUAAAUGAAAGUAAUUUAAGUACUGUAUUAACUGCAUGUUACAGUCACUAAGGGAUGUUUGUUGAAAAUGAAGCUACCCAGCAGUCACAUUGUUGUAAAAUAGGUAAAUUUGUUGGAGUAAACAUGAAAAUAGGUUUUUUGAAAGCCUCACUCAAGUAAAUUACUUUUCAGUGAUGACUCUUAACUUCAUAGCAUUACACCACAGUAAAGAAACUUUCUAAACCAUUAGCUCAGUUCAAUUAGGUUUUUGCCUUGAAUCAUAUUUUAUGCAGUUACUAGGAUAGAGGAACAGCUUGAUUUGUUUCUCAUGACUUGUAUCAUACAGUAAAAGGGGGUUAAACUCAGUUUUUUAUUUAUAUAGUCUAUAUAAAAAUAGAUAAAGAUGAGUGCAUAUUCUACAUCAAUCUUUUGAACAAUGUUCAAACAGUACUCAUGGUUUGUUCUGUUAAAAGUUUAAAACUGAACAGCAUUUGGUUCACACUUAAUCAAUAGCUAUACACUAAGUUACUAGAGUGCUAUUUAUCCAGGUAAUAUAUAUUACCUCUUCUUGCAAAAUUCACUUAUUAACACUCUUCCCCCCUGGAUUAUAAAAACUAACAACAGUGAUAUUUAUUUAUAUGCAUCUCCUGGUUGCCUAAGUUUCUUUCAAAUUUGUAGCAAAUGUAUAAGAUUUCAUUAAAAACCAAUAUCUCAGCAUUUAGAAAGCAUUUUACAUAUAUUGCUCUUAUUUUUAUAUAUUUUGGUGCUUGAGGUUUGUAAUGGUGCAGUUUUUUCUGUGCCAAACUAAACUGUAAUUUGCAUUGGUACAGUUGAUAUUUUUUGUAAAAACAUUUCAAGUACCAGCAAAACCAGGUAAUUAUUUUUAUGACUACAGAUAAACCCCUACUUAUGAAUAGAUUAGGUUCCCGACCAUGAGACAUAUCUGGGAAGUGUGUAUGUCAUAUAUGCAAUAGCUCUCUUAUUUGUACAUUACCUACUACAGUACUAUUAUAUUACUUUUGCAAAACUGAUUUUAUUACUUAUUCUUUUUAAUUACUGCAUAGUUUAUACGUACAUUUCAUUACGUCCAUGUAAUAUUUUAUAAAUACAUUUUUUACACUAGUAAUUUCAUCACCCUCAAGUGCAGAUAAAUAAAAGUUGAUGUAGUCAUAAGUUAAGGAUAGUCCAUAUUGUAUAUUGUGUAUAUUUGUUUGUGCAAGUUACGUUGUAUUUACCCUGUAUAAAAAUUUACUUGUUAACCUUGAUAUCUAUACUUCUGUUUUUUUUAUGAUUAUACACUGCAAACAUGCAUAUUUAUACCUCUAUACAAUAGUAACAUACCCAGUGCUGAAGUAUGUGUUUACAGUAUACUGUAUUUACAAACGCAUUUAAAAUAUUUCAGUUUCAGAUACAGGCACAUAUACAGUAUACUUAAACAUUUCAUUAAGAUUCCAUACUUGCACAGGUACAUAUAACGUACUUGAAAAUUUUAUUAAGAAUCCAUAUUUCCUCAAGAAAUAGUAAUCAUGCACAUUUCAAGCAUUGCUCUCUAGUUAUUAUUAUUCCAUAUAUUUUAUAUGCCACACUUCUGCUUUUUCCAGUAUUUAGGACUGCUGUGUGUAUACUGUAAUAGUAAAUUAAUUUUCUGCACAGUGGGAUUUUCUUGUUUUUAUAUAGCAAGCCCCUUAAUUUUUCAAUGACAAACUAAGGAUACUGACAAAACAUGUAACAUUAUCCGAGGAGUUGUACCUAGUACGUACUUGGAAAUUUAAUUAAUUACAGAAAACCUGGAUUUACUUAAAAACCUGGAUUUAUUUACUUGGGAAUCUAUGCCAAAGUAUAGUGUAGACAUUUUUUCAAACUGAUGAUCUGUGAGUAUAUAAAAGCCAGUUAACAAAUUUGUACCAGGAUACUUAAACCCUUUAUGGGAAAAAAAUAUUUCUGAAGCACAGAUUUCAGAGAUUAAUUUUAACAUUCUUAAAAUUUAGGUAUGGUGUUCCUUUUACCGCAAAGAACAAAAUACCCACUCCAUGUUACUUGAAGACAAUUUUAUGGCUUUCAAACUUCCUUAAAGAUCCUGUCUGUCAUACUACAUUGAUAUAUUUUUUCAAUUCCUCUAGAAAAUAACUUGUCAACCAAGAUUUUUAGCUACAUAUUUACACAAUCCAUGAAGUGGGCCAAAGUGCCAAGCAGUUGAACACUGUUAAUUAUGUUAAUGAAACCUUUGUUCUUGCUUUGUAUCAUCGUUAUUUCAUCAUGAACAAUAUAUAGUAUUUCUAUUUCAAUUAAAAUUAGUUUCCUUCACUUUUGUUUUCCAGUAAAACACUUGUGAUUUCAUCAUUUUUACCUCUUCAACUGUUCACAUAUCCUGGUGUCUAAGAGCAAUUUAUAGCCUUAAAAUUUACCGUUACAGUAAAAAUUUGCCAUCACAGUGAACUAAUUUAUCAUCUUAGAUACUGUAUACAAUAGAUAUACCAUUAAUAAAAUCAAUCAUGGUUCAUAUAUUUUGAAAGAUUCAUGCUAAAUAGUAUAAAAGUUAAUUUUGGGUUUGAAAAGGCAUAAAUAUUUUAUCAGUCUUAAUUUCAACAAAAUUAAUUUUACCAAUUGUCAUCCACUAUUUCUGCCUCAAUUUGAUUUGUUGUUAUUCAACGAAUUGUUUCAUCGGCAGUACAAUAAGAAAUACUGUAUACUUUAAAAUACUGUUUACUUAGAGUAAAUAUACCUUUUAUGUUGUAUGAGAAAAUAUACCUUCUAUGUUGUAAGAGAAAAACUAUCGUUUUAACUACAUCUUUUGAAGUGGAGAUGAAAAGUCAAUCAUGCUGGCUGUAAGAUAGUAAGUUAAGUGAAACCACUUUGUAAAUCAUUACCUUUUAAAUACUCAGAACUGUAUAUACAUGCAGAUGUUGAAAUGUCUUAUGCAGUUAGAAUCUGCAAAGGAUUAUACCUUGUCCAUUAUUAAAUCUUGUUUGCCUGUGCAGGUAUUCUGAAAAGUUAUUCUGCUACAUUUUGUAUUUCUUGUGAUCUGCUGUUACAUGUUAUAGAAUGGUGUGAAAUAAAAUUUGGAAUGUA